AUGCCAGCUACUUCAGCACAGACAUACCUAGAUACUCCCUCCUGGUUUCUACCAUUUUUCACUCACUAUAUGAACUUCGGCCAUGGGAUGCAAUCUGGUAUUGGUACACUUCAGGAGAAGGUUUCCACUGUGGAAACUCACAACUCCACUCUUGCUCAGCGGGUUGAUAAAAUUGAGAAGCAUUUGGCUAGCUCUUCUAAAGGAGGAAAGUCACAGAGGAAGACGAAGAGGAAGAAGAAGAAAAAGAAGAAGAAGACCAUGGCCAAGGAACAAUUGCAGGUGCUGAAUGCGCUCGACAUCGCGAAAACUCAAUGGUAUCACUUUACGGCAAUCGUGAUCGCCGGAAUGGGCUUCUUCACCGAUGCUUACGAUCUUUUCUGCAUUUCCCUCGUCACAAAACUGCUGGGCCGAAUCUACUACCAUGUGGACGGGGCGAAGAAGCCCGGGACUCUGCCUCCCAAUGUAUCCACCGCCGUCAACGGCGUCGCCCUGUGCGGCACUCUGGCGGGGCAGCUCUUCUUCGGCUGGCUCGGUGACAAACUGGGGCGGAAGAAGGUUUACGGGAUUACCCUUAUGCUCAUGGUGAUUGGCUCCAUAGCCUCUGGUCUUUCAAUGGGGAUGGACCCAAAAGCAGUGAUGGCUACCCUCUGCUUCUUCCGCUUCUGGCUCGGGUUUGGCAUUGGAGGCGACUACCCGCUUUCCGCCACAAUUAUGUCGGAGUACGCCAACAAGAAGACUCGCGGGGCGUUCAUCGCAGCGGUCUUUGCGAUGCAAGGCUUUGGGAUUUUGGCCGGCGGGAUUUUCGGCAUUGCGAUCUCGGCUGCGUUCAACGCCGGGUUCCCUGCCCCGGCGUAUCAGGUCGAUGCGGGUGCCUCCACCGUCUCCCAGGCGGACUAUGUUUGGCGCAUCAUUUUGAUGGUGGGAGCCAUCCCGGCUGCGCUCACUUACUAG